GAAGCCUGGGAAGCUUGCAGGGCUGUGUGCAGGCAGCGGAGGCACCGCGUGUCGAUUGGCGUUGCCGAAUUGCGGAGCCAGACAGAGAAUGGAACUGGGUUGCAGGCACAAUUUUCCUAUAGCUGAAAGGCUUUUGAAUUCCUGGGGGAAAAUCUGGGGCGACACGAGGCGGAACGCGACGAUAGCCUGCCUAACUCGGGGCGAUAUCUUCCUAUAAUCCGUCGCCAGAAUGGCUUUUUCGCACACUUUUGUUACCCCUGCCUAAAGCACUUCCCAUGUUGGAUUUGGUAGCGUUUCGACAAUUUCGUGAUGGGUACAUGUAAUGGUUGUGUGGGUUGGGUUGUGUUUUUUAGCUGGGCCCCUGCCUAUUGUCCCAUCCCUACUCGUGUAGAUGGUGUGUUUUGCCUGUAGCGGACAUUAGCUUGCGCUACGUGCUCGUGUCUCUUUGUCUGGCGGUUUGAGGACUUCGGGUGCUAGACCGAGGUCAAUGUGGACUCUGUGAUCCGGAGACAUGUAGAGCAAGGACUUUUGUGGGAUUGGUUCGGUUUGAAUUUUAACAAUCAUGGAGAAUGGAAUGGGUUUGAGGUGAAGUUCUAGGCGAGUUCGAUCUGCUAGUAACGAUGGAGGUUGUCUACCUUUUUGACUUCGGUUGGGGUUGGAUCGAGGCGGUAAUUCAACAAGUGAUGGGAGCAUAUUUGGAUUGACAUGUAUGAAUUCAACGCGGUUUGCAAUUGCGUAAGGGAUACUGAAUUGUAUACGGAGUUGACUGCCACUUUUGGCUCAAGUUUUGGGUAGCGGUAGAUAGGUUGGUGUACAGGGUUUGAUCAUAUAUUAUAUUGGGCUCAUUGGGAUUUUCAUGACAUUGCGUUGUGCGACAGACCUGACGUACUGAAUUCGUGAUGGAUCCGUCGAAUAACAUGUCCACCAACCUAGAGACGCCCAAUUGUGGCACGUUCACGUGCUUACCUUCCUUCGUCGCCGGAAUCGUGGGUCUAGCUCUAGUAGAAUUUGUGCUCGUCCUGUAUUUGCUGGGCAAGUUUUUGAAAGUGACGUCAAGACGAAGCACAACCGUAAGCUCGGACUUGAAUUUGAAUGUAAAUUGUGAAGACGGCACUAUCAGCCUUCAGGGAAAUGCAUGGGUAGCCCCGCUUCCUAAUGUCGAUAUAAGAAAAGUAGUCAUGAGACAACCUCGAAAAGACAAGGACAAAGAUGGCCAAAGAGAGGUUUUAAGAAAGGCUGAGGGCGCGAGAGGGGAUUUAUUAGAGAUUGCUCCAAUGCGGAGACGCGCCCAUCUGAAGGGCAAAAUUUUAUUCUUGAGAGCAGCUGAUGGGACUGAAGAAGAAGUUUUGCUCGAAGAUUGUAAAGUCGUAGCAGUAUCAAGUAGUUCAGAACCCAGCCGAAAAUGGGGGAAGAAGUUCCCAAUUAAGUUACACCAUCCAGACCGUGUUUUAUAUCGCGGGUGUAAUCAGUUUCUAUUCUUCUCAGAGACGGGAUAUGCGAAGGAAGCUUGGUGCGAAGCAUUUCGAGCAAUGGCCAGUAAGGAAAAAAGCGAUUGGACCUUCUCGACGAAAAGGAGGUACAAGGAGUAUACUCGCUUGGCUGAAGUAAACAUGCCAUAUUUAAUUAAGUUCAAUGGGGCAGGUGAAGGUAGGCGUCCGAAUGUGAAACAAAAGGAGGAGGUCGAAGGACAUUCCAAGAAACGGAUGAUGUGGAAGAAGUUGACGCGGUACGCUUCAUUUGGGAGGGACACCAAGGAGGCAAAAUUUGUUGAUAUCAUGGAUGAAGUUCAGCGUAGAAAAGAACCCCAACAGCAUAAUAACAAGAACUGGAGAAACAAAGAUGCUGAUCUCAGUGACAAAAGCCACAGUGGCACCAACGAUCUUUUUCAAGGAAGUGCAGAAGUUACUGAUUCCGACAUUCUCAGUGGUGAUCCUUCUGAGCACCUCGGAAGUUUGGCAAGCAGUGAAACUGAUGUGAGUGGUAAUGAAGGAAGCAAACGCGGUUCUGAAAGCACACAGAAGGACUGCCGUCAUGAGGUGCCUGCAAAUCAGGAUAAGGUACAGAAAUCGAAAAAUGAAAGGUCUGGCAAGAAGAUCGAACAAGGAGUGCUUUGCCUGAAUAUGAUUAUUGCGAGGCUUUACUUUGACUUCAAUCAAAAUAAACGAGGGCUUGCAAUUGUACAUCGGUUUUUUCAGAGACUGAUUAUGAAGAUAAGAAUUCCAAGCUAUGUUAAGUCACUCAACGUGAAGGAGUUAGACCUCGGGAAGCAUCCUCCUUUUGCCACUGCCGUCCGUAUGCUUCCCGCAGACGCUGAGGGGACCUUAGCUAUGGAGUUAGACUUGGAAUGGCAUGGUGGAGGUCACCUUACAUGUGAGACGCGUUUGGAUUUGCGAGAUCAGUCCGCACAGGAAAAAAUUGCUCUUCAGUUGGCCGAAUCAGGUUCAGAAAGCGAUACUGCAGCUGCAGUUCUAUCCGGUAUAAAAGGAGACUUAGGUUUGGCAGAUUCUUCAAGUUUUUCAGCUGUUGUGGAGGAGGUCAGACACGCCGAUCUUCCUACUAGCUCAAGCACAGGUGAUGAAGGAAGUUGGAAGGGAAGGUGGAUGCAAUCAAUGAAGUCCGUGAUGUCUCGGGUCGCAGUUCAAGUCUCUCAGGUGCCCAUAACUCUGAAGAUCAGAUUGGUGUCAUUUAAAGGAACUGCUGUCUUGAGGUUGAGAGCUCCACCGUCAGACCGAGUUUGGUUUUCAUUCAAAGAAGACCCUGAGAUCAACUUUGAGCCAGAGCCAUGUAUUGGUGACCAUCGGAUUAGCAGUACUGCCUUGGGAGCAUAUAUUUGUAAACAAAUUAAGGUUCAAAUUAGAAACUCCGUGGUCAUGCCUUAUUGUGAAAGCUUUCUUCUUGAUUGGAUGGUGGCUGACAAAGAUAACUGGCGGCCUCAAGACGAAUUUCCCUUUCCCUUCUUUGUAUCACAAGCGUCAGAGGUUGAGCGCAAAACCUCUAAACAGAAUUUUGAGAGUACGCGUUCACCAUCACGAGACGAGACUUGGAGGUAUAUUCAUCGAUCAGUAUCUCGUUCACAAAGCAUCCGUAAUCGCCAAAAUAAGCCUCCCAAGGCUCAUGCCUCCUAUUCUAACCUUAAAAGUGCUAUGUCUAGUGGCUCAUCCAAACCACAGAAACCUGCAAGUGGUGCUCACCACGAGCAAGCCACGCCAUUACAACCCAGUGCGCUUGGUCUGGAGCAUCACCAAGAGCCUCGAAGAUCAGCCAGUUCAGAACUAUAUUCUCAAAUAGCCACUCCUACAUCACCAAGACCUGCUAGUGUACCUCAUCUUAAGUAUCUCUUAUCUGAUCCUGCUCAAUUGCAAGCAUCCGUGAUACUUGCUGUAGGAUCUGCAUCGAUUAGCAGAGGAAGUAAGCCUUUGUUAACAGACGAGGAGCGUCCUAGAGGAGAGACUUUGGGAUCUAUUACAGACUCAGAGCUAGGGGCAUCAAGCAUGGGGAUGCCAGAUGCGAAGUCCAAAGACUGUGCAUCACAUUCGGAGGAAUCAAGUUCGGAGAGCGAUAUGCAGCCCCUACGUAUCAAGGCUACCAGCUCGGGAGAAGCCAAGGAGUCGGAUCAUGGUUCAAAACUUUCACACCGUGCCAAGAUGUUAUCCCUGGGGAAAAAAGUGGGAAACAAACUGGAUGCAGGACGCCGAAAUGUUGUUGAAAAGUUGCAUCACUAGAUGCUAGAAGAUGUAGUUGAUGGUUUGACACACUCUCAUGCAAGUGGCGGAUCGGCGUAUGAAGCACCUCAUUUUUGAAACCUGUAAUUGAUCUUCUGUAGUGGUGCGAUCACAGAAUUAGUAUGAUGUUCUCCCAUCGAUUCGAACUAUGUUCAAACUCAUGCAAUGCAUCGAACUAGGGUUCAAGAAAGGUAGACGCCAGCCAGGUUUCGAGUUUUGCAUCAGCUUGGAUCGUUGGAAAUGUUUUGCAUCAGGGACCAGGCAGAUUGGCAUGACAGUAUAUCACUUCAGCGAAGAACGCGGUAAUAUGUGGCGUGAAAAUGAAACUAAUUUGAAACUAAGAGAGGUGAUUAUCAUCUGGGCUUCGAGAAGUGAAGCAAAUUGAUGUAAUCAUGCUCUCAGUUGCAUUUGAAAGGUUUCAAAAUAGCCACCUCUACGCACGCGCACUUUGCUGGUUUUCAGUGAGGAAAUUGGCGUGCAAGCACGUAGGAGAUCAAUACUUCAAAGGUGCACCUUGCGUGGGUCUUCCGGGACUAAAAGGAUCCGACAACACAUUGGAGUGCCAAUUUUUAUUUGCAGAGCGUUUGUUGUACAAGUACCUUAGUGGGAACUUGCGGAAUCAGUGCUCAUGUGCUAUCUAGUCCACUUUUUCAACAUUGGAUUUUUUUAAUAUCAUUUUUACCAUUACUACCAGCGUGUUGGAAUUGUUUUAGCUUGCACUAUGUUUAGAGCGUGCAGAGAACGCUUCCAUGCAAACUGGGAGAGUGGUGACGCCAAGGGAGUAUACUGGCAAUAUCAAUUGUUCUCA